AUGCGUUACAUUUUCUUGACUACGAUUUUUAGUGUUGUGUUUGCGUACGAGAAGGAUAUGACUUUUACGGUUCAAGCUGGGAAGUCGGACUGUUUUUAUCAAAGAGUUCUGCCAAAUGAAGUUAUAGAUAUAGAAUACCAGGUGAUAGAUGCCUCGCAGGGGGAGUUAGAUAUAUCUUUCCAGCUGUCAGAUCCUGUCGGCAUGAUGAUAGUUGCUGAUUAUAAGAAACCGGAGAAUGCACACCGGCACACAGCAGUAUUGGAGGGGGACUAUAGAUUUUGCUUCGACAACACAUUUAGUACCUUCAGUCAGAAAACAGUGUUCUUCGAUCUGAUGAUAGACAACGAAGAUUCCCAGGGUAAAGACUAUGAUGAUGAGAAGGAAAUGGAAUUAGGAAACGCAGCGGAGACGUACGUCAUGAGAGUGCGAGACAUCUCGGAGUCUGUGACUCGGGUGAAGGAUAAUGUUUCAGCAGCUCGGCGGCUUCAAGAGCUGUUGUCUGCGCAUGAGGCGAGAGACAGGAACCUCGCUGAGGAUAUGUGCGAUCGAGUGCUAAAGUGGUCAUUAGUACAAAUUGUGUUGAUGUCAGUUAUUGGAGUUUUUCAGGUGUACUUCGUAAGAAGCCUAUUUGAGGAUCCAAGCAAUAGAAGCUUUAAGAAACUAGUUCCUAAUCUAAUAUCGCAAUGA